ACGCGCCUUUAAAUAUAAUAUACAGCAAUGUUAAGCUUCUCGUCGAAGAGUACAUCCGUUGGUGCGUUGUUGUUGUCCUUAACAUUUUAACGUUAGCGGUUGAUAGCGAAUUAACUACCAAAAACAAGAUGUGGCAGCCUGAUCCUUUCCAUAAUGAGUUGGUCUUUGUUAUGGAUGAAUUAAUGACGUCGUUGGAGGAUGAAAUUGACAAAUGUAUGGCGGUCUUAGUCUUUUCCACACAAGACAGGACAGACAUUGAUGCAGGGGAGACGGGGGAAUUUGAAAGAGAAUCCAGGUUGGAGGUUAAAGUCCAGUUGACAUGUGUGAUGAAACAGUUUGUGAAACAGACUCUCACCAAAAUCAACCAGUUGAUCUCCAAAGGCACUGAAGCACUGCGUUCAGAGAUAUGCCAGAGUCAAAGUGAGAUUAAAUCUCUGAAAAUGAAGCUAUUGGAGAUGACUGAUGGUAAGGAGAUACCUGAAAAGACAGUAGAAAGAACCGCACAGACAGAGGAAGAGGAGGAAUGGACGGAAGCACCAUUAUCACCAGAGUUUGCAGAGGAUUUUGAGGUUGACGUGCCAACUCCCAGUGGUGAGGCUGACAACACUACAAAUGUCAAGGAGACCACGAUCAGAGCUAAAACCAUAGCGAUGGAACAGUCAUUUAUAUCUCUAGCUAAAAUACCUUCCUCCUCACUCAUUGAGUCUAUCAAACAGGUGGCUAUUGCAGACAAACAGUCAGCGAGCAGGCCUACAGACAAACAGGCAGCAAGCAGGCCUACAGACAAACAGGCAGCAAGCAGGCCUACAGACAAACAGGCAGCAAGCAGGCCUACAGACAAACAGGCAGCAAGCAGGCCUACAGACAAACAGGCAGCAAGCAGGCCUACAGACAAACAGGCAGCAAGCAGGCCUACAGACAAAAAGGUAGCAAGCACGUCUACAGACAAUCAGGCCCCAAGUACAGACCCCCAAACUCCCAGUGGGGACUCUGUGAUGUCCACCAGACCCAGGAGGAAGAAAAUGAGAAUAGAAGCACAACCCACAGCGGCAGAAUCAGACGGAAGUGAGGAAACCGCUGAUGACCAAUGGGAGGAGGAGAAUGCUAAAGCUGGACAAACCUCAAAUGACAAAUCUGUUCACAACAUAAAGCCAAGGCCCAACAUAAAGAAAAACAAGACUACCACCACCAGGAAAGAGCACCACUGUCUGGAUUGUGGUAAGGUUUUUAAGAAUUCAAGUAAUUUAAAACUGCAUCAACAGACUCACACAGGAGAGAGACCUUAUUGUUGUGAAUUAUGUGGGAAAUGUUUCCCGACUGCUUGGAAGCUCAGAAUACACCAAGCAGUGGUCCACAGAAGAGAGAAGCCGCUUGAGUGUCCAACAUGUGGGAAGUGCUUUGCAACAAAGCAUUAUUUGGACACUCACGCAAGCGUUCAUUCAACAGAGAAACCGUUCCAAUGCCUCGUGUGUCAAAAGUGUUUUAAAAGUAAAAGUGGCCUCAAGGAACACACAAUGUUGCACAAUUCAAAUUCAGAUUCAUAUGCUUGUGACAAAUGUCCAAAAACCUUCGUUAAGUUGAAAUACCUCAAGAAUCACCAGCUUACUCACAGUGGAGGAGGAGCUCACCGUUGUGAAUUGUGUGGGAAAGGUUUCAAGACUCCUUCUGAGCUCAAACGGCACCAAGCAUCAGUCCAUAGGGGAGAGAAGCCAUUCCAAUGUCCCACAUGUGGGAAGUGCUUCGCAGAGAAUAAAAAUUUGAAAAUCCAUGCAAGUGUUCAUUCAGAAGAGAGAGCAUUCCAGUGCCCUCAGUGUCAAAUGUGUUUCAAAACCAAGUAUACUCUUAACGACCACAAGAAGACGCACACGGACUCCAAGCCGUAUUCUUGCGACAAAUGCCCAAUGACCUUUAUUCGGUCUUAUUACCUCAAGAUUCAUCAAGCUUCGCACCUGACCAGCAAGCCGUUCGCGUGCAGCCACUGUGGGAAAGGCUUCAAAGGUGAACGUGGGCUCAAGAGACACGAACGCACCCACACCGAAGACCCAACUUAUACCUGUGAUGAAUGUGGCAAGGGUUUCUAUCAACACGAAUCAUAUAAAGUCCAUGCGGCCUUGCACACCGGAGAGAAGCCGUUCACCUGCGAUCACUGCGAUAAAACCUUUGCUCUGGCGUCCUACCUUAAAACCCACAUAGUGAAACUUCACUCUGUCACCGAACCCCACGUCUGUGGGAAAUGUGGCAAGAAAUAUAAGGAUUUCACCCAUUUUAGAAUCCAUAUGUUUCAGGGUUGUCAAGAGGCUGCGGCGUUGGUUUGACUAUUU